CCAAAAGUCAAAAAGUCAAAAUUGACAACUUUCUCUCUCUUAAAACCUACAACUCACCACACUUUCUCUCUCCUCGGUCCUCCAUCUUUUCCUUCUCCCGCAAAUUCUCCGAUCUCCGACCAUUUUCUCGGUAGGAGAGCCGGAUAAAUUAACGGUCAAAAAUUUAAAAAUGUGUGGGAUCUUCGCAUAUUUGAACUUCAAUGUUAACAGAGAGAGACGUUACAUCCUUGAAGUUCUCUUUAAUGGUUUACGUCGUUUAGAGUAUCGUGGUUAUGAUUCUUCUGGCAUUUCAAUUGACUCUUCUCUCUCCUCUGACGUCAUCAAUGGUGGAAUUCUCACUCUCUCUCCUCCUCCUCUUGUGUUUCGAAAGGAGGGAAACAUUGAAUCCCUUGUUAAGUCCGUCUAUGGAGAGGUUGAAGCCACAGAAUUGAAUCUGGAGGAGGCAUUUUCUGUUCAUGCUGGAAUAGCACACACUCGAUGGGCAACUCAUGGUGAGCCUUCAUCAAGAAAUAGUCAUCCACAGACCUCUGGUCCUGAAAAUGAGUUUGUGGUUGUACACAAUGGGGUUAUAACUAACUAUGAGGUAUUGAAAGAAACUCUACUUCGGCAUGGUUUUACAUUUGAAUCUGACACAGAUACUGAAGUAAUACCAAAGCUUGCUAAGUAUGUAUUUGACAAAGCAAAUGAAGGAGAAGCAGAGAAUACUGUCUCAUUCAGUGAUGUUGUCCUUGAGGUUAUGCGGCAUCUUGAUGGAGCAUAUGCACUCAUAUUUAAAAGCAGACAUUAUCCAAAUGAGUUGAUUGCUUGCAAACGUGGUGGCCCAUUGCUUCUUGGUGUCAAAGAAUUAACAGAAGAUGUGAGUGCUGGAGGAUCACUUCCUGACUUCAAAAUAUUGAAGAAUGGGCAGCCAAAAGAACUUUUUCUCUCAAGUGAUGCUAAUGCUCUUGUUGAACACACAAAAAAGGUUUUGGUGAUUGAGGAUGGUGAAGUAGUUCAUAUUAAGGAUGGAGGGGUGACAAUUCUCAAAUUUGAGAAUGAGAAAGGGAAAAGUGGCAGCUCUCUUUGUCGACCUUCCUCUGUGCAGCGGGCAUUAUCUAUUCUCGAGAUGGAGGUUGAACAAAUUAACAAAGGAAAAUAUAAACAUUAUAUGCAAAAGGAAAUUCAUGAACAACCAGAGUCUUUGACAACAACAAUGAGGGGGAGGCUUAUUCGUGGAGGUUCUUGCAAAGCUAAGUCAGUUUUGUUGGGUGGAAUCAAAGAUCAUUUAAAAACUAUCAGGCGAAGCAGGCGUAUUCUUUUUAUUGGAUGUGGUACAAGUUACAAUGCCGCUUUAGCUGCUAGGCCAAUUUUGGAAGAACUUUCAGGGAUUCCUGUGACAAUGGAAAUCGCCAGUGAUCUGGUUGAUAGGCAAGGACCAAUAUAUAGGGAAGAUACGGCAGUCUUCGUCAGUCAGUCUGGUGAAACAGCUGAUACGUUGCAAGCUCUGGAAUACGCCUUAGAGAAUGGGGCACUAUGUGUUGGUAUAACAAAUACUGUUGGCAGUGCAAUUGCCAGAAACACACACUGUGGUGUGCAUAUCAAUGCUGGCUCUGAAAUUGGAGUGGCUAGUACUAAGGCAUACACGAGUCAAAUUGCUGUGAUGGCUAUGUUAGCUUUAGCAAUUGCUGAUGACACUAUCUCUAAUCAAAGCAGAAGAGAAGAUAUUAUCGAUGGUCUAUUUGAACUGCCACGUCGGGUCAAAGAGGUGCUUCAACUUGACCAAGAGAUGGAGGAGCUUGCUAAACAACUGAUUGAUGAGCAAUCACUCCUUGUAUUUGGAAGAGGUUACAAUUAUGCAACAGCUUUAGAAGGUGCUUUGAAAGUAAAGGAGGUGUCUCUGAUGCACAGUGAAGGAAUACUUGCCGGUGAAAUGAAACAUGGCCCUUUGGCUCUUGUCGAUGAAAACCUUCCAAUUGUUGUGAUAGCCACUCGUGAUGCUUGCUUCAGCAAGCAACAAUCAGUAAUCCAGCAACUUCAUGCUCGCAAAGGUCGUCUAAUCGUGAUGUGUUCAAAAGGUGAUGCAGCAUCUAUCCGCCCAGGUGGUUCAUGCCGUGUAAUUGAAGUUCCCCAGGUUUCUGACUGCCUUCAGCCUGUGAUUAACAUCAUUCCAUUACAGCUGUUAGCUUAUCAUCUGACAGUAUUGCGAGGCCUUAAUGUUGAUCAACCUCGAAAUCUGGCGAAAAGUGUAACGACGCAGUAGUAGACUAGUAGUUAGAACUUGUAUGCAGUAGUUAGCUUGAUUGUAAAAUUUGAGCUUUUUUUCCCUCUUUGUUUGGAAUGUGUCUGUAUUAAUUCCAAUUCCGGCUCUGACACUCUAGCUUGAAUUGAUUCAACAAUAAUGUAAAUGUGAUUUCUGUCGUGGAUAAGAGCUUAAUCCCAUUAAUCAUCAUUUUCUUCAGUUGCAACA